AUGAUAGUAGAGAUUGAACAAACAACAAAAUCAGGUUAUUAUUAUAAAAAUGAAGAUAUGAAGGACUUUCUCUUCAAUUUUGAAAUAUAUGUGAAGUCAAAGCAGUAUAAUGAUGAUUGUAAAAAAAAGGUCAUAGGAUUACAUGUUUCUGAUAAAGUAAAGGUUUGGGUGCAUAAAUUAAUGAAAGCUGCAUCUACUUGA